AUGACCACUUUCAAUUUGUUACCUCCAAUAUCAGUUGAUACAGGAAAAGCAUUUUGUAGGUUAUCAAAAACUAAUAUAAAAAAUCGAAAACUUUUCGAAGGUCAAUGGGUUCGUUUAGAUUCUGAACAAGUGUCAAUAUUUUGUCGUGUAUGGAAAGCAAAUAUACCAGAAAAUAUGAUUCAAGCGGAUAACCUUAUUUUACUAAGAAAAAACCACUCUUUAGUUCCUUUAAUUUAUCCAUUACAAAAUUCUAUCGAAGUUACAUUACGCGUCAGGUUUAAAUAUUUAAAUAAUACAGAGAAUAAGAAAAGGAAACAAUUUUAUGAUUUGGGAUUUGUUUGGAAUGAUAGUUCUGAAAGUAUUAAAUAUCAGACUAUCAAAAGUAUAUUAAAUAAUAUAAUUGUAUAUCAAGGAUGUAAGAUAUUUGAUGAAAAGAGAUGUUUGGAGAUUGAGAUUAAUAAUUUAUUACCAACAUUAACAUUGGAAGAGAAUAGUUUUAAAACAAUUUCUGGAUUGGAACAAGCUUAUCAAGCACUUUAUGAAGUUGUUAGUUAUCCAUUAAUAUAUCCGGAUUUAAUUAAACAGAUGAAUAUUGAAUGUCCAAAAGGUGUAUUAUUAUAUGGUCCAUCAGGUGUAGGGAAAACCUUUCUUGUUAAUGAAAUUGCAAAGGCUUGUAAUGCAAAGAUGAUUUCAAUUCAUGGAUCAGAUGUAUUUGGUACAUACAUAGGUGAAAGCGAAGCAAGAUUACGAAACAUUUUUGCUCAAUCUAGAUCUUUAACAAUUAAGGAAAAUUACCCUGUUAUCUUGUUUAUUGAUGAAUUGGAUGUAUUAACACCACAUAGAAACGAUGCACAAUCACAUGAAUCACGCAUCGUAGCUCAAUUGUUGACAUUAAUGGAUGGUAUUGAGUCUCGAGGUAGAUUAGUGGUAGUGGCAGCAACAAAUCGACCAAAUUCGAUUGAUCCUGCAUUAAGAAGACCCGGAAGAUUUGAUCGUGAAGUCGCUAUUGAAACACCAACAGAACAAGAGCAUUUAUUAGCUUCCAUGACAAAUGGAUAUGUUGGUGCUGAUUUAGUAUCCCUUUGUCGAGAGGCGGCAAUGCUUGCUGUUAAUCGUAAAUCAAAAUCUUCAAAAUUAUUAUCCUUUAUUACCAUGAAAGAUUUUAUGAAUGCAAUGGAACUAAUUUCACCAUCGACACAACGAGGAUUUCAAGUAAAAGUUGAGAAAACGAAUUGGAACGAUAUUGGAGGAUUAGAAUCUGUAAAAAAGCAAUUAAUCCAAGCUGUAGAAUGGCCUUUAAAAUAUCGUGAUACGUUUACAAGAUUAGGUCUUAAACCUCCUAGAGGAAUAUUAUUGUAUGGACCUCCAGGAUGUAGUAAAACUACUUUAGUCAAGCCACAACUUCCGGUGCAACAUUUUUAUCCAUCAAUGGGGCUGAGUUGUAUUCACCUUUUAAGCACAUUUCAAAGAGCACGUUCUUCUACUCCAUCUGUCAUAUUUUUUGAUGAAAUUGAUGCAAUCGUUGGAAAAAGAUCUUUUGAUAAAGGAAAUUCCAAUGGUUUUGGUGGUGAUAGUGUUCAAGAACGUGUAUUAUCAAUGUUAUUAAAUGAGAUGGAUGGAAUUGAGAUCGUGAAUAAUGUUCUUGUAGUGGGAGCUACCAAUAGACCGGAUAUGCUUGAUGAUGCGUUAUUAAGACCAGGUCGAUUUGAUAAGCUUAUUUAUAUUCCACCACCAGAUUUAGUAGCCAGAAAAGAAAUAUUAAAGAUUCACACCUCGAAGAUUCCAUUGAGUGAUGAUGUUGAUUUAAAUGUUAUUGCUGAACAGACGGAAUUUUAUAGUGGAGCGGAUCUCAAGAAUUUAUGUCGAGAAUCUGCUAUGAUCGCAUUACGUGAAAUGAUGAAUACAACGAAAGUGGUAAGUUGA